GUUGGAAAGAUGCCAUCAGCACUGCAAUAAUCAAUUUCAAUAAUGAGAACAUGCAGAUCACAUGGGCAGCAAGAGAACUAUUUCCCAGUGAGAAUGUGUCAUUUUCUUAUACAUUUGAUGAAGGCAAGCACAAAGUUUGGAAGCCAUGUCCCACCUAUUUAUUGGAUCAAGAUUAUAAUUCUGGAUGUCUUUUUAAGACAGAAGGACCCACCCUUGCCAUCUCUAUCAGGAACAGCAAUGGAAGUGAAGAAUUUUUUUCUAAAAGACUAAAAUCUGACUUUUAUAUAAAGCCCAAUCGACCAGAAAAUGUAACCUUCUUCUGGAAAGAGGACACUGUAACUGUAAGCUGUAAUAAACCAGAACGAGCUGUGAAGUGCUUGAGACUUGAGCUUCAAUACAAAAGCAAGUUUGACAAAGACUGGCAAUCCAGAACUUCUAAGUGUUGCAGUGUUGGAGAGCAAGGCUUUGAUCCAAGGAAAUGCUAUUCUUUCCGGGUCAGACUGAAGAGGCUAGUACCCCACUGCAACGUAGUUAAUUACAGCAGUGAUUGGGAAGCAGAAACAUUUUGGAUGAAUGGCACGUUAUUAGAUUCAUGUGAUGAUGAUAUAAAAUCUCAGUCCAACACGAUAAUUGUUUCAAGUUUUUUGCUGGCAGUACUUCUAAUGAUACUUACCUUCUUGAUUCUUCUGUGUAAAUGGCAGAGGCUUCAAAAGUCAUUCAUGCCUGCUAUACCAGCUCCAAAAUGCAUAUUUGCCGAUCUCUUCAAUGAUCAUAAUGGAAACUUCCAGGAAUGGAUAAACAAAACUGAUCAUGUAAUGGUACAAACCAAGCUAGAAUAUGAAGAACCAGAGUUCAUCAUUGAGGCAGAAAGCCUGCAAGAAGAUGAGAAGAAUAGUGACAAACAGGUGCCUCAAGAAAAAAUCUUCAGUUUCUCAAGAGCGGCUGAAAAUAAUGACCCCAAAGCAGCUCAGAUUGCCUGCCUGAUGCCAACAUCCAACACUAUAGCUUCUUUUGCUGGCUUCCAGAUUUUAAUGAAUGAUGACAUGUAUGUGAUGUUAUAA